AUGGCUAGUCCCAAAUUGAUGAUAGGGGUUGCAUUGUUUGUUCUACUUCUCAUACAAGUCAGCAUUGCAACUAGAACAAUAUCUAGCUAUGACGGUGAUGAAAGUGGAGGUAGGGAUGGAGGUGGGUUUGGUAUGUCUAGUGGAAGUGGAAACGAGGGUUCACAUAAAGGUGGAUACAACAGUGGAGGGAGCCAAGAUGGAAGUGGUAGUGGAGGCUCUGGAUCUGGCUCUGGUUCGGGAAGUGGUUCAGAUGAUGGCUCUGGAUCUAGUUCAGGAAGCAGUUCAAGCGGUGGCUCUAGUUCAGGGAGUGGAUCAAGUGGUGGUUAUGGAUCUAGUUCAGGUAGCGGUUCAAGUGGUGGCUCUGGAUCUGGUUCAGAAAGCGGUUCAAGUGGUGGCUCUGGAUCUGGUUCCGGAAGCGGUUCAAGUGGUGGCUCCAAAUCUAGUUCAGGAAGCGGUUCAAGUGGUGGUUCUAGUUCAGGGGGUGGUUCAAGUGGUGGCUAUGGAUCUAGUUCAGGUAGCGGUUCAAGUGGUGGCUCUGGAUCUGGUUUCGAAAGCGGUUCAAGUGGCUCAGGAUCUGGUUCAGGAAGCGCUUCAAGUGGUGGGUCUGGAUCUGGUUCAGGAAGUGGUUCAAAUGGUGGUUAUAAAUCUAGUUCAGGAAGCGGUUCCAAUGGUAGCAAUAGUGGAGGUAAUGAUGAUGGAAAAGGCAGUGAUAAUGGAAGUGGUGGUUCUGGAUCAAGUUCUGGGGGUGGUUAUAACUUACUUGCAAGGACAACCACUAUAAGGUUAUUGGUGGGGAUAGCUUUGUCAUGUAAUCUAGUUAUCCAUCAAAUGACUGUCAAAAUGACAUUCUUGUAUGGUGAUUUAGAAGAGGAUUUAUACAUGACACAACUUGAAGGGUUUAUCAUGAAAGGACAAGAACAAAAGUCAGAUAAGUGUGUAUAUAGCAAGUUUGAUAACAAAGGCAACAAUGUUAUCAUUUGUCUAUAUGUGGAUAACAUGCUUAAUUUCGGUACACGUUUAUUUCAAAUGAUUGGAUCUUUAAUGUAUUCUAUGAUCUCAACAAGGCCCGAAAUAGCUUAUGCAGUUGGAAAGCUAAGUAGUCGAGAACCUCCAGUACUCGAAAGGUACUCGGUUACAAGUGAGAUCAUUAACAAAGAAGAUUCAUCUUCUACUAGUACUUGGAAUCUCUUAUUUGAGAUACCAUUAUUACCUGAACUUAUUUCACCGGUGGCUAUCCAUUGUGAAAGUAAUUCGGCUUUGGUAAGGGCCUAUAGUAAAGUUUAUAAUGAUAACUUUAAAAAAGUUUUGCCAAGGAAUUCCAUUGAUUAUGCCUCAAUUGGAAUUGAGUUGUGUCCAAUUAACACUAAUGAUAGAACCCAAACUAACGCUCUGUUAACGGCCGGGUCUUACGAUUCAAGUGGGUCAAUAAAAUGUUCUCUAGUUCUAGAGUUGAAGAGCUGUAGAUGGAUGUGUCAUAUUACAAGAACACAAAAGUUAUCUAUAGGAGAACCUAUCUAUGUAUGUUCGAAGUUAGCCACUUCAGGAAGUCAGGAUGGAAAUAUAGACUUUUCAUGA